CGCUUCGUAGAUGUUGUGCGUGCGGGUAGUGGUGCGAACGCGGGAAAACUUUGCAUAAUGACGAAACAACAUAACUUACGGUUUUGAUUUGAUGAUAUUUCGAAAUGUAUUUUAAUGUGAUAAAUAAAUAAAUCGAUCGAAGUGCGUGCUUAAUGAAUUUAUUACAAUGAUAAUUUCAAAUUUCGCUGCAGUAAUGAUACGUUGCUGUUUAUGCGUCGUAACAUUAACAGUGAAAAGUUCGUAUGGAGAGAAGUUCACGCUUGGGUAUCUCACAGGGUCACAGAGACAGCCCGGUGAUAUGAACUAUCCUAGACCCGGAAGAGUGAUAUCAGGUGCUAUAUCAAUGGCCGUUGAAGAGGUUAAUGAAAAGCUUCUCAAGCCCAUGGGUCACUCCUUGGAUUUUGUAGUUGCUGAAACAUACGGACAGGAAGAAGUUUCAAUUCGACAAGUAGCGGCUCUAUGGGCAGCUAAUGUGACUGCGUUCAUCGGACCACAAGAAACGUGCGUCCACGAAGGACGAAUGGCUGCUGCCUUUAACCUUCCUAUGAUAAGCUACUACUGCCGAGAUGUGGCGAGUUCCAACAAGCGAGUGUACUCCACCUUCGCUAGAACCAGACCCUCGGACAUCGACAUUUCCCGUUCCGUGGUUGCUGUUCUAACGCAUUUCAAUUUCAUGCAUGUAGCCGUUGUCUACCUCAAGGCUCCGAAUCAUGACUUUUCUAGAUUGGCCUUUGCAAUAAUAACAGCAGCUAAUGAGAAGAAAAUUACAAUACGGACGGUGCAAGUAUACCGGCAACCUUAUUACUACGAAAACAGACGGGAAAACUUCUCUCGCAACCCCUUUUUAGAUAUCGUACGAGAAACUUACAAAGAUACAAGAAUCUACGUGUCCGUCGGAUAUUAUCACGAUCAUAUUGGCCUUAUGUUGGCAUUGGAUAGCAUGAAACUUUUGGAUACUGGGGAAUACGCAGCCAUCGGCGUUGACGUUGAAAAAUAUGAACCGGAGGAAGCUAUCCGCUAUCUGGCCGGUCCCUUGAUUAGGGAACCUAGCUCGAGGACAAUCAAGGCCUUUCGCUCUUAUCUCGCUGUAGCGCCCUCCCCUGCGCCGUCGUACCCCGCCUUCGCCACGGAAGUAAACAGGCGAUUGCAGAUGCCUCCGUUCAAUUUCACUAAUCCUCUACUCGCUCUUGGCGGUGGCAAAGUUAUACCAGUAGAGGCAGCGUGGUUACACGACGCUGUAUGGGUGUACGGUAGGGCCCUGGUCUCUGCUCUCAGAACUGGCAUCGAAGCAAGGGACGGCCGCUCAAUCGCCGCUUAUAUGAGGAACACAACUUAUCGAAGCGUAAUGGGAUACAGUGUACAUAUGGAUGAAAAUGGAGACGCGGAGGGAAACUACACAUUGCUCUCCGUGGAUCCAACCCGACCACCAGGGCUAUACCCCCUUGGAGUAUUUCAUAAAUUAGCCCCGGAAUUACGACUCCUUCGAGAUAUUAAAUGGCCAGGUGGUCGCGUGCCACUCUCUGAGCCGCCGUGUGGGUUUCGAGGCGAAAAAUGCGUCAGUCAUAUAGGUGCUUGGGCGCUAGGAGCCUCUGGUGGUACCUUAGUGCUGUUGGCGCUGGCUGCACUAGCUUUGUACCGCGGCUGGCGCUAUGAGCAGGAACUCGAUUCUCUUUUGUGGAAAAUCGAUUUUAGAGAUCUCCACCUUCCCGAUGACGAACAGCGCGCCAACAAACUGAAUAGCAGCGCGGGAGUGAACACGAACUCAAGCAAUGCGAUCUGUGAGAAGGGCAGUAUAGGCGGCGCUCGUUCCAGCCAAGUCUCGCUCAGCUCCAACCCGGAUCUGGACUUUAGAUACUCCGCCAUUUUCACUGAAGUCGCCUUCUAUAGAGGGCGGUUGCUUGCGGUGAAGCGCGUGCGACGACACCAUAUUGAUAUCAAUCGGGAAAUCAAGAAGGAACUUAAAAUUAUGCGGGAUUUGCAACAUGACAAUGUGAAUGGGUUUGUGGGCGCGUGUAUCGAACCGCCCAAUGUGUGCGCGCUUUCUGAAUACUGUACGCGAGGAAGCCUUAAAGAUAUACUCGAGAACGAGGACAUAAAAUUGGAUAACAUGUUUAUAGCGUCACUUGUUGGAGAUAUUAUCAGGGGCAUGAUAUUCAUCCACGAGUCACCACUCCAGUACCACGGGUCGCUCCGGCCGUCCAACUGCCUGGUGGACGCGCGUUGGGUCGUGAAGCUCGCGGACUUCGGCCUGCGCGAGUUCAGGCGUGGGGAACUGCCGCCUUCGGACCCCAAUGCUUUGAGAUCUCAUAUAGAAAGCCUAGUCUACCUGUCCCCCGAGCUGCUCCGCUCAGCGGGCUGGGGCAAGGACUCGUUCCCCACAUCGCUGGAGGUCCGCAGCGGGUCCCCCGCCGCCGACGUGUACGCGUUCGCGCUGCUGCUGUACGAGCUGCACACGCGGCAGGGCCCGUUCGGGGCGGGCGCGCCGGCGCCGCCCGCGCUGCUGCGCCGCCUCGCGCACCCGCACCCCGCGCCUUACAGGCCGCCGCUAGAAGCGCUAGCGGACCGCUUCGACUGCGUGCGCGAGUGUUGCUCCGAGUGCUGGGUGGAGGACGCGGCCGCACGGCCCGAAUUUAAGGCCAUACGCACCCGCCUGCGACCGCUUAGGAAGGGCAUGAAACCAAAUAUAUUUGAUAAUAUGAUAGCAAUGAUGGAAAAAUAUGCUAAUAAUUUAGAAGCUCUUGUCGAUGAAAGAACAGAUCAAUUGCAAGAAGAGAAAAAGAAAACUGAGGCUUUGUUAGAAGAAAUGCUACCUGCCCCUGUGGCAGAGCAAUUAAAGAGAGGGAAGCGCGUGUUGCCCGAAAACUACGACUCGGUCACGAUAUACUUCAGUGAUAUCGUUGGGUUUACUGCUAUGUCCGCUGAAAGUACGCCGCUUCAGGUUGUCGAUUUUCUAAAUGAUCUCUACACGUGCUUCGAUUCAAUUUUAGAAAAUUUUGACGUGUACAAAGUAGAAACAAUUGGCGAUGCGUACAUGGUCGUGUCAGGCCUGCCAAUACGCAACGGCAUACUCCACGCGGGGGAGAUCGCGUCGAUGGCGCUGGCGCUACUGGCGGCCACGCGCGCAUUCCGCGUGCGCCACCGCCCCGAGCACCGCCUGCUGCUGCGCGUCGGCAUACACUCCGGACCUGUGUGUGCGGGUGUGGUAGGAUUAAAAAUGCCCCGAUAUUGCCUCUUCGGUGACACCGUUAACACUGCUAGUCGUUUUGAAUCUACCGGUCUCCCCCUCAAGAUCCACUGCAGCGGCGCGUGCAAGCUCCUUCUCGACCAGCUGGGGGGGUACAUAGUGGAGGAGCGGGGAGUGGUGGCCAUGAAGGGCAAGCGGGACCAGGUGACGUACUGGGUGCGCGGCGAGGAGCCCGCGGCGGCGGCCGGCCGCGCGCGGCGCCGCGCCGCCGCCAGGGACGGCCCGCCGCACCUGCCCAGGAGCUCCUUGAAGACGCGCGGCUGGAAGAACCAAGUGGGCGGGUUGCAUAGGUGUUGCAGUUUAGAAUCUCCAAAGAAACUAAGAUUUGCUUCAGGCAAUCAUUUAGAAUCUCAUACUGAUAGUGUACUACAUCAUCGGAGCGAUGAAUACCUAAUGGAAGUGAUCGGCGAGAACCGCGUAUCGACCCCGCGCAUGCAACAGUUGGAGGCGCCGAGCCUGCGCCAAGAGUACGCGAGCGUGUCGUGUCCCGCGAUAGAGCAGACGCGCGACUGCGACGUGCGCGUGCUCGUCAACGGCCUGCACGACCCCGCCGCCGAGCCGCUGCUCAUACACCAGUAGUGUGCGAUUGCCCUUAGUUCAAUUAAAACUUGUAUGGAACAUGACA